AUGUCCUGGAAGUUGGCAAAGUUGAGGUGGUAUCAGGAUGUUGGACUACGUGGUAGUCGCCAGGGGGGAGAGCGUGAACCAGUGCAGGUCCAUCAAACAGCAUGGACAAAGACACAUGAACAUGAAGGGACAGGGCGAAAUUGGUCCCACAAUGCACCAAGAGCUCGUCUGGCACUCAAGAACAUUCCCACUGCAUGUGCCAGUCAAGAAUCUCCAGAUGUGCCGUCGCCACACCUAUCUGAUCCGCCACGACUGGACCCGGUGUUCUCUCAUGCCACGCCUGGCUCUUCAACAACUCUUCUUAAUUUGACUGAUCGUGCGGCAAAUGCAUUCGCUCGGAGCCCCGAGCUUUUCUAUUGUGACGGUAGCGACGCUGACCUCUGCAGCACGGCGUCUCCGAUCUUGCAAACUCCAACCUCAUCUCUUACAUAUCUAUCAGGGACACUUUCUGCUCAGCAGCGAAGUGCAGCCAGAAGAAGAUCUUUGCGCUUGACAGACCCACCUCCUGCACGAGAAGGUCCACUGCCGCUCCAAAGGCCGUCGACCGUGGACACAGAUUCAAGGCAGACAAAGCGAUCACAACCUCCUUUAUUCCUGCCUGGAGUUGGCCGUACGAUAGCUGGAGGAUCCGCCAGAAUCACUCAAAGGAACAACCCUUCGUCUUUGCCCCAUCGCUCAACUGUGAAAGAGAAGCCGAGGACUGGUGUGCACAAUCUUUUCGACAUCAAUUUGAGUGUCGAUCCCACCUUCGACCUGCAUUUUGAGACAUUUGAACCGUCCUUCCAAUACGACGAUAGCAUUCAACCACGUCUUGACUGGGACAACUCUAGUCCUCAGGCAAGAUAUGAUUCAACGUUCCCAAGCAUUCAGCGGGCGGCGUGCGACUCAUCACAUCGUUCGGACUCUUAUCUUCCGCAAAAAUUCCAAUUGGAUGCCACAUCAACAGAUUCAGGUCUCUGGGGACCGACAACGCGUCCCCGAUACCCGGAUUGGCCAUCCGAUUAUGCCAACAUCCAGGAUCACAGAAUCGGAAGUCUUCAACAGCCUCCGCCAAGCAGGGAUACGCGUUUCCCACUAAGCCAUUCAAGUUCUUCGACGGAUGAAGAGGAAUCGAAUGACUUGGAUGUGUUACCGCUUGGAAACGAUGCUAUCCCAUUGCGGGACCUACCGACCCAGCGAGUGCAUUCAGCACAGGGUGUUCUUCGCGAGGCUGAUCAUCACCAUGAGUCUCGCGCAGUCUUUGAAAGCUCCAACGAGGCUGACGCUCGAUUUUCCGGCACCCUAGACAACAUUGUUUCUCAAUAUGCUGGUGCCAGACCGGCAAACCCACCACUCCAUCAACCUUCAUUUCUUAGCACUGACAUGACGGUGCAAAGUCAGCAUCCGGUUGAUACCCUACCGACCGAAGCGAAGGGUGAUGAUUCUGAAGACUACGUGAUCAGUCUCGGAACACGUAUGACAAAACAAGAAUACCUCGAGUCUGAGCGUCGUGUUUACCAAACCUACCGAGAGCGAGGCCAGGGGCAUGUUAUUCAGUCCUUCGAAAACCCUGCCGAUAUAGAGGAUGGUCAGAGAGAAUGGGAGUCAUUUCCUGAUAGUAGUCGCGGCGAUUUCGUGACACCGUCAAAGUUGCGGUUUCGAUUGACGAACAGACACACUCUUGAUACCUCGUCGGGCUCGAAUGGCGGAAAAAGCCCGGGAUCGCCCACGAGAUCAUAUCGUCGACCUGGUUUGCGCCGUAAAGGUGGUCUCUACUUUCACCAAAACCCCUCUUCUCCCAGUCAUCAAUCAACCAGAGACAAAGCGGCUGGCCAUGGAAAUCCUCAGUGGUGGAGAAUGGAACAGUAUCUGUCUGCUCAAAAUUCGGGCAAAAGACGUCCAUCAAGCUUACUCCUACCGACCGUCUUGGAGACCUCGAACAAUGACUCGUCAUCUCCCUCGGUAGAUCAGAGCCAUGAAAUUCUUCGGGUCGGGAAUAAAGACAUCGGGAUGAGAUACCUGGGGAAGACUAUGAAUAAUGAUUAUCAACACAGAAGACCUGACACGACCAAUUCGGGAGAAGCAUUCGAUGGACACAAUGAGACCGGCUCCACCGCAAAUACAGGCAUGGCAAAUACCACGGCAAUAGAAUUGGACAUUGAACCUGGUCAUCGAUGCCAGGUGCAUAACCUCACAAACUUCACUGAAGAAUCCAUCAGGAAUGUUCUAUCCCAAUGCUUCCUCGAUGGUGGAUACACUACGAGUGACAGCGACAUCUCUCGAUUCCUCCGAGGCCAUCGUGUAUUCCACCCAAAUGGACGACCGACAGAUGGAAACAACUCAACAAAUCUUCUCGACGGUGGCACAGGAAUCAAAACCAGUGGGGGUGACCUGGCAAAUUACUCGUCAGACAAUGACCUUGUUCAGAUACCCGGUGAGGGCACCGCCAGAUUCAACAACGACAUCCCUGGAGCAAGAAACAAUCGCGAGAGUAGCCCUGGUCAUCUCAUAUCACUUCGAUUAGCUAAUAAAUUAAUCAACGAUAUCUCUGUCCGUCUGUCUGCUGACCUGGCUCGAUGCGAUGACCGUCCAGUAUCACAAAUCGACAAAGACCUUUGCCCAAGAUUCCCUCUCACACCACAACAACUUGCGAUUACCAGCCUGCCGGAACUCGGUAGAGUUCCAUUCGAACGCCUACAACUCUUGGAAAACGGCGACUGGUUGGAGAAGGCGUGGUGUUUCGUCCAUAACCGGAUGGAAUACAGCUGUUCGACAUUGAUCGGAGGCGAAGGAGGGGUCGAUUCCAGUCUUGUCACCCUCCAGCGUAAAGCUGGAAAGGUCCUAUUGCUUGUGGCCACGAUCACAUACAUUUUUGGAGGGUUUAUUUUGGCCCACGAUAUGGGCAAGAGCGGUGCCUUGUCCACCAGGGCAAUGGCCGAAUUGACAAGAUGGUUCUCGGGUCAGGAGGGUUAUCUUGCCACUCGUGUCCACCCGAUGGACGCUCGACUGGCACGAAUAGUCGAGAGAGGGGGCUUAUUGGUGGUUGUCUUGGUGUUCUCGGGUUGUGCCGGUGUGUUGACUUGGGCAGUCACCAACUAG